AUGAGUUGCAAGCAUCCUGCCGCGGCAGGCCUCUUGAAGCUCGACUCGGCUAACCUGAGUACCGAGUCGAGCUCCGGCAUCUACAUCUCAGCACAUAACCUGUCUGUAGACGACGUGAUGAAUUGUACGAGCACCUCUACUUGCACGUUCUAUGCGAACGCCGCCAGAAGUGCCACCUUCCUUUGCCCUUUGGGCACAGGGUCGGUGGAUUUCGAAGAGCUGCAUGAUUUCGGCUGCCUGGCAUGCCGGCCAGGGGACACGCAGGUUCUGAACAUGACGGCAAGGCCGUGCAGUCAGUGCCCCGAAGGGGCUUCUAAGUGCUUGGCCAGCGAGCUGAAGAUGGAGCCCGGGCUCAUGGUGGAAUUAGAGAACGUCAACCGCAGCUUCCACUGUCCUAACGAGGCUGCCUGCCCCGGGGGCGAUGUAUCCCAGGGAAGGGUGCACCUGGCAAUGUGCGCAGAUGGCUAUCGGAGCCAAGGCUGCACGAGCUGCAGCCAUGAGUAUGCCAUGGCGGACAGCAGUGUGUUCUCGUGCACUGCCUGCAGCAAAGACCGUCGUGUGCAGGCGGUGCAGUGGAUCACGUUCCUGUCUCAGCGCACCUUCCUCUUCGCACUCGGAGCUCUCAGCGCCCUGGGAGCCAAGAAGGCUGGGGACUUGAAGCAAAGCAGCAUCUACCUGAACCAGCUGAUGGCCUUUGCCACCAUCUCCAACACGAUCCUGGCUGCCGUGCUGCAGACCCAGACGGCGAAGGACAUCAAAAGCGAUGCUGCGAACUUCUUCUUCAACGCGGCUGCGUACACGGCCGAGACAGCUUCCGGACAAGGAUCUUUACACAGCGCCUCCUCGCAGUGUCUCUUGUCCUACGUCGGCUACGAGAAGACUUUAUGGGGCACUCACCUGCUGGAUGUCGUUGUGGCAGCCGGGCUCAUGUCAUCGCUGUCCUUGAUGAAGGAUUCUCGUGUUGCACUCAUCGCAGGCAUGAACUGCUUCCUGCCCACAAUAGCUGCCGACUUCGGGAAGUACCUGGUGUGUUACCGCCUGCAGCGAGAUGACGCCUCGGGGUUCCACGGCCUUCAUUGCCCGUUCCUUCCUGGAAGUGCCGGGCUCGCGGUUGCGACGCAGGUGGUGGCGGGCCUCAUUCUGUUCAUGACCGCAGCUCUUUGGGCAUGGCUCAGUCUCUCGAGAUCCGACGAGGAUCCCAAGCCCAGCCACGUGGUCUUCCUCACCAGCAAGUACCAGAGCAGAUUUGCGCUCUUCGAGACGGAGCGCUUGAUCAGGAAGACACUCUUCACGUUCAUUGGCGCCUUGCUGCCCAUCUCCUCUUCGCCAGCGUUGCAGAUGGGAUGCCUAGGCAUGGUGGUCUGGGUGUCGCUGUUUCUGUACUGUCGCUACCAGCCUUACCACACGCCGGAGUGGAACUGGAUCGAGAUCUGCUUGCUCUUCACCUCGAUGCUCAUGAUCUUGAGCGUGUCGACUUUGCCAGCCGGCCGAAACCCUAGACGUUAA